AUGGAUGACACAUUUCACAAUCUGCAGAUGGAAAGUAAAAAUCAUAUCGAAAAUCUGGUGAAGUGGUUUCAAGAUUCAAAGUUAGUGGAAAAAAGCGAGGAAGGUGAAAGACACGCUCGCGCGCUCUUCAAUAAUCCAACUGAAGAGGAAAUGGUUGAAUUCGAACAGUUUAAAGAAGCAGUCGCUAAGUUGGCUGAAGAACAAAAAACAUCCUUUGAUGAAAUUUCUAAAAUAUUGGCAGAAGAAGGGCCGAAGUUGGUUGAAGCUAUUAAUGCUGGACUAAUGGCAUUCAAAGGUUCUACAGAAUCAAAAAAUGAAAUAGUGUGCGAAUGUUACGGUAGUAUUGAUGACAAGCCCUCAAAUCUUGACGAAGAUAUCGCAUAG